AUGUGUGCAUGUGUUUAUAAGAUGAGUACUGCAGCAGUGCUUCUCUCUCUGGUCCUCAGUCUGGCUGUUAGUGUGGCUGUUGGUUUAGACCCGGAGUGUGGGGCUAGUGGAUGGCAGGUGCCCCCCAGGCCUGCUGCUCUCACCCUCAGACAAGUCAAUGCUGUCAUUAGGCAUGGUGACCGUACCCCGUGGGGUGGAGACCUGUGCUGGCCUGAAGACAGCUCUGUGUGGGACUGUCAACUGACCAGUGGACAGCUGCCCAUGCUCACAGACCACCAAUAUGGCAAGGUCCUGCCAAGAGUGUACAGGAAGAUUUACUCAUUUGGGGACGAGACCCUCCGUGGCAACUGCUCCCUCUCCCAGCUGACCUCCAUUGGGUUCAACCAGCAGAAGACCAAUGGACAGAACCUUGCCCAAGCAUACGUGGAUGGCACCUUCCUCAGCAAGACAAUGGACCCCACUCAGCUCUAUCUGAGGAGCGACGAUAUUCCCAGGACGCUCAUGUCUGCCGAGAGUCUGAUGCUUGGCAUGUAUCCUCCUGAUAAACCCGCGACCUUUACACAGACCCUGGAGAUACAUACCAUGGAUCCCACUUAUGACUACAUGGUUGCCAAUCCAAUGCUGUGUCCUAGGACAGGCUACUACUCCAAUACAUUCAACCAGAGUCAGGCGUGGAUGGACCACCACCCCACAACCCUAGCUCUCCUGGAGGACAUCUACAAGACCACUGGGUACAACCUAACAGAGGACAACCUUAUACACUACACUGACUGCCUGCGUACACACUAUUGCCACAAGCUGGAGCUGCCUCACGGCAUGACAAUGGAGCUGUACCAACGAGCGUGGGCAGAAGUGUCCUGGCAGUUCUACAACCUGUACCAGUACCCAUCGGUGGGGGAGAACUCUCGCACUGGUAUCGGGUUCCUGCUCAAGGAGCUGGGAGAGAAUAUGAAUGCUACAGUGAAUGGGAAGAAAAUGCCAAAGUUUCUGCUCUACUCCGGACAUGAUACUACAUUGAUGCCCCUGCUGACGGCCAUGCUAGUGGAUGAUGGGGUGUGGUCACCUUACGCCUCUAUGAUACUCAUGGAACUAUACGAGAACACCACCGCCACCCCCCAGCCAUUGUCAGCUAUAGACAGAUUUUCUAUGAGACUCAUCUACAAUGGCAAAGUUGUCAGUCCUGUGUUUUGUAAGCUGCCAGGGGGAUUGUGUCAUUUCAAGGAUAUAUCCGACUAUCUGAACACAGUGAUUCCUCCCGAUGACUACACUAAACUGUGUAGUGUCUCAAGUCAGAGUAGGAGAACCUUUGGGAAACUGUUGUGGAACUUUUAGGACAAUUUAAUACAGUCUUGUAAUCAUUGCAAUAUUUUCGUAUCAUUUUUGUACAAAUGAUUGUGUAAAGAAAUUUGAACAGCA